CCAUGGUUACGAUUUUAGCGCUCAACGGCUCAACAAACAUUUUGAGGUUAUGUGUGUGUUUGGGCUCAGUUUUUAAGCACUUUUUAGAGUUUUAAUGAUGUUUGAUUGAAAUUUAAACAUGGAACAACUGAAAGCAACCGAAAAAGACAAGAUUUCGCCGUCCGAUGCCAUUACGCCUUCAAAUCCGCCGGAUAUUUCCAAAGAUACAAACGGUGCAGUUGAUCAUGCAAGUUCCUAUCAGAUAAAACCAUCCUUGGAUGAGAAAUUCAAAGAAACACCAGUAAAAAGCAUCAUCAACAAUGUUGUUUCGAACAUACUCAGUGGAAAGUCAUAUGAGGCUGACAGUGUGAAGAAAUGGACUGUGCAGGUAGCGAAUGAAGUUAACAAUAAAGUGAAAGAUUUGCAGAUGAAAAAGUACAAACAUAUAGUGAAUGUCGUGAUAGGAGAAAUGAAAGGGGCAGGAGUAAAGUCAGGAUUUAGGUGUAUAUGGGACUCCGAUGUAGACAGCUUUACUAGUGAUGUAUUUAUGAAUGAUACUAUUUUCUGUGUUACAACAGUUUUUGCUGUAUAUGUCUAUUAAUAACUAAAUUCUAAGUAAACUGCUUUGUAACCUGUACUGAGAUAUAUCUUAAUUUGCAUGUCAUUAGUUUUUAUUUAUUGUAAAUUGAAUAUUACUGCAAGUACUAUUGUUUUUAAUAAAUAUAAAAUAAAUAAUCAAAAUGGU